AUGUCGAAAAUAUAUUCAGUACAUUCCCGUUUUGCUCACAACGUUUUCAAGCAGCGAGCUUGCCCUAUCAAGAGCUGCGAUAUCAAGGUACCGACGGUGAUGUCGGAAACGCAAGCACUACGCGACGGUGGCGCGCGCGUUCAAAAGGAAGGGAGACUGCAGGAGGCAGAAGGGCUAUUUAGGCGCUGUUUGGCUAUCGAAGAGGCCAAGAUGAAUCGAGAUGAUGUUCAGGUGGCCGUGACGCUGCAAUGCCUUGGCGGAUGCGUUCAUGAGGCAGGACGGCCGCAGGAGGCGGAGGAGCUGUUCAGGCGCUGCCUUGCGAUCAGGCAGGCCAAGCUGGGUCGAGAAGAUUUGGAGGUGGCCGCUGCGCUGCAUAGCCUUGAUGAAUGCGUUCAGAAGGCGGGACGGCACGAGGAGGCGGGGCAGCUGUUCAUGCGCUGCCUUGCGAUCAGAGAGUUGAAGAUUGGUCAAGACGAUGUGCAGGUGGCCGUGACGCUCUACCGCCUAGGUAGAUGCUUUCAGAAGUCAGGGCGACUAGAGGAAGCGGAGGCGCUGUUUAGGCGCUGCCUCGCGAUCAGGGAGGCGGACCUGGGUAGGAAGGAGGAUGUGCAAGUGGCCUACAUGUUGUAUCGCCUUGGUUUAUUUGUCCAGGAUACAGGGCGGCAGGAGGAGGCGGGGCAGCUGUGCAGGCGCUGUCUGGCGAUCAGGGAGAUCACGCUGGGACGAGACGAUGCGCAGGUGGCCUAUGCACUGUACCACCUAGGCAAUUGCGUUCAGAAGGCAGGACGACUGAAGGAAGCCGAAAACCUGUACAAGCGCGGCCUGGCAGUCAAGGCAACCAAGCUGGGCCAAGAGAGGCGUCUAGAGAAGGCCGAGAAGCUGUUCAGGCGAUGCCUGGCAAUCACCGAGGCCAACCUGGGUCGACACGAUGUUCAGGUGGUCGUGACGCUGUUCCGCCUAGGUGAAUGCCUUCACAAGGCUGAGCGCCUGCAGAUGGCAGAACAGCUGUUUAGGCGCUGUCUAGCGAUUCGAGAGGUCAAGCUGGGUCACGAGGAUGCACAAGUGGUCGUGGUGCUACAUAGCCUUGGUGAAUGCGUUCAGAAGACAGGGCGUCUGCAGCAGGUGGAGGAUCUGUUCACGCGCUGCCUGGCGAUCAGGGACAUCAAGUUGGAUGGAGAGGAUGUGCAGGAGCGGGCGGAGGACGUGUUCCGGCGCGGCCCAGCGAUCAGAGAGGUCAAGCUGGGUCUUGGGAAUGUGCAUGUAGCCGCGGCGCUACAUAGCCUUGAUGAAUGCGUCCAGAAGGCAGGGCGAUUGCAGGAGGCGGAAGAUCUGUUCACGCGCUGCCUGGCGAUCAGAGAGGCCAAGCUGGGAAAAGAGGAUGUGCAGGUGGCCUACACUUUGUACCGCCUUGGUGAAUGCGUUCAAAAUGCUCGGUGGCAGGCGGAGCAGCUGUUUAGACGCUGCCUGUCGAUCAGGGAGAUCACGCUUGGUCGAAACGAUGUGAACGUGGCCUACACGCUGUAUCGGCUAGGUGAAUGCGUUCAGAAGGGAGGACGACAGCAGGAGGCGGGGGAGCUGUUCCGGCGCGGCCUGGCAAUCAAGAAAACCAAGCUUGGCCAAGAGGAUGUGGAGGUAGCCUACAUGCUGGGCCAAAUUGGUGAGUGCUUGGUGACAGCAGGGCGCCUACAGGAGGCGGAGGAGCUGUUGAGGCGCUGCCUGGCGAUCAGGGAGGUCAAGGUGGGCCGAGAGGAUGUUCAGACGCUGCCUGGCGAUCAGAAAGGAAAGCUGGGUCGAGGGGAUGUUGAGGUGGCCACGACGCUGCAAAGCCUUGGUGAAUGCCUUCAUACCGCAGGGCGACUGCAGGUGGCGGAGGAGUUAUUUAGGCGCUGCCUGGUGAUUAGGGAGGCCACGCACGGCCGGAGGGAUGUGCUGGGUCUAGAGGAUGUACAGGUGGCCAUCACGCUCUACCGCCUAGGUAGAUGUGUUCAGGAGUCAGGGCGAUUGGAUAAAGCGGAGGAACUCUUCCGACGUUGUCUGGCGGUAAGAGAGGCCAAGCUGGGUAAAGAGGAUAUGCAGGUGGCUCGCACGCUCUACCGCCUUGGUGAAUGCAUUCAGAAGGAAGGGCGGCAAAAGCAGGCGGACCAGCUGCUUAGGCGCUAUCUGGCGAUCACGGAGACCACGCUUGGUCGCGACGAUGUGCACGUGGCAUACACGCUGUGCCCCCUGGGCAGAUGCGUCCAGAAGGCAGGGCGAAUGAAGGAGGCAAAGAAUCUGUCCAAGCGCGGGCUGGAAAUCAAGGAAACCAACCUAGGUCAAGAGGAUGUGGAGUUAGCUUGCAUGCUGAACGGACUUGGUGAAUGUCUGCACGCGGCAGGGCGCCUACGGGAGGUGGAGGAUCUGUUCAGGCGAUGUCUGGUGAUCAGGGUGGUCAAUCUGGGGCCAGAGGAUAUUCAGGUGGCCGCGACGCUGCAUAAGCUUGGUGAAUGCGUUCAGAAGUCGGGGCGACUGGAACAGGCAGCGGAGCUGUUCAGACGCUGCCUGGCGGUUAUUGAGGUCAAGCUGGGUCGAGGGGAUGUGCGGGUGGAUUUAACUGUACGUCGCCUUGGUGAAUGCGUUCAGGAUGCAGGGCGGCAGGAGGGUGCCGAGGAGCUGAUCAGGCGCCGCAGCGCGAGCAUGGAGGUCGAGGUGGGUGGACGGGGUGUUGCCUGUUGCCGAGGCGUUGCACCACCCGGUUCCGUGCGUUGA